UUCUCCUUCUGUAGAGCGAACGCUGUCGGGUCAUCGUUGACUUGACUAUAAAUUAUUCGUUGGCUGUAGAACAGGCUCUACGGAACCUCCAACGAAUGUGUUCACUGUAAAUUUAUUGGCUUUGUCGCUUUGAUGGCAAAAGAAAAAAGCUCGAAGAUGAACAUCGCCGUAAUCCACCCAGAUCUUGGCAUAGGUGGAGCUGAAAGAUUAAUAGUGGAUGCUGCUGUUGAGCUCGCAUCCCAUGGCCAUAAUGUUCAUAUUUUUACUGCUCAUCAUGAUAAAAAUAGAUGCUUUGAGGAGACUACCGCUGGUACCUUUCCAGUUACUGUGUACGGUUCUUUUAUUCCUCGGCAUAUUUUCUACCGUCUUCAUGCCUUAUGCGCGUACCUGAGGUGUCUCUUUGUUGCUCUUUGUGUUCUUUUCUUGUGGCCAUCAUUUGAUGUUAUACUGGCUGAUCAGGUCUCUGUAGUUAUUCCAGUCCUGAAACUUAAGAAGUCCGCAAAGGUUGUAUUCUAUUGUCAUUUUCCAGACUUGUUGCUGGCUCAACACACGACUUUCCUCAGGAGGAUGUAUAGGAAGCCAAUAGACUAUAUAGAAGAAAUAACAACUGGAAUGGCUGAUCUGAUACUUGUUAACAGCAAAUUCACUGCAUCUACUUUUGCAAAUACUUUCAAGCAUCUGGAUGCUCGAGGGAUUCGACCAGCUGUUUUGUACCCAGCAGUCAAUGUGGAUCAGUUCAAUGAACCCGAUUCCUUUAAGUUCAAUUUUCUUUCCAUUAACCGCUUUGAAAGGAAGAAGAACAUAGAAUUAGCAAUAUCAGCUUUUGCUCAGCUCCACGCCCUCAAAGGAGAUGCCCUUCGUCAGGAUGCAUUUAAUGCUUCCUUGACGGUUGUUGGUGGCUUUGACAAACGAUUGAAAGAGAAUGUAGAGUACUUGGAAGAGCUAAAAGACUUAGCUGAAAGGGAAGGAGUAUCAAGUCGAACAAGGUUUAUCACAUCUUGCUCAACAGCUGAAAGGAAUGCUCUUCUUUCAGAAUGCCUUUGUGUCCUUUACACUCCAAAGGAUGAGCACUUUGGCAUUGUUCCUUUGGAGGCAAUGGCAGCUUAUAAACCCGUUAUUGCAUGCAAUAGUGGUGGACCUGUUGAGUCAAUCAAGCAUGGUUUGACAGGGUUCCUUUGUGAUCCUACUCCACCGGAGUUUUCUCAAGCAAUGUUCAAACUCAUUCAAGAUCCUCAGGAGGCAGAGCGAAUGGGCAGAGAAGCUAGGAGGCAUGUCACUGAGUCAUUUUCAACGCAGACAUUUGGCCAACGUUUGAAUAGAUAUCUUGUCGAUAUUCACAGGGGAAAGGAGGACUGAAUCAUGGCAAAUUUUCAGAUAGAACUGGUACACUGACGAUAAAUAGAUCAACUUAGUUAGGAAUAGGCAUUUAAGCAGUUGGUCGGGAGUGCUUGCUUUGAAAUUUGUCUAUUUAUGAUAGGUUUGGUCCUUGAAUCACUAUUUUGCAUGAACUGCAUUUACUUGAGAAAAUUUAGAACUUCAGAGGAUACUAACGAAAUUACUGGUUGUUACUCCGGC